AUGUCGUUUUGGCCAGACUAUACGUUCUUUGGCUGGGUCCCCCAGGCUGAGAAAGACUUCGACAUUCCCGAAAUCGGAAGCCUAGCUGAAGGUGAAGAUCCAGAACGACUUGGGAAACAUGUCGCAAGGCUUUGUUUUUACAACGCGAGAACAGUAUUCUCUAAUGGUGCUAUUGCUGCAGAACGCAUCAACUUUACCGCGAUUGCUCUGCAACAGAACAAGUGCGGAAGGAGUGACGUACGACAAAUGAAUGACGCUCUUUUGUCAAACCCCAGUAUCACCGCUCGUGAAGGUCCACGCCGGAUUCUUCCUUUGGAAGUACGAGUCGGAAUUAGGAGCAUAAAACAAGACACAGCCCACGAGCCUGAUUCUACGUCAUCUGUGGACUUUCUUUUGGCCAGUGGCCGUCUGCUACAUGUAAUUCCAGUGGCGCUCAUGACACCUUUACAGGGGAAGGAUCCAAGAGCUCUGCCGGGAACAUAG